AUGGCGCCGGAGUAUGCGGUUCUUGGGCAACUGUCGGUGAAGCUUGACCUUUACAGCCUCGGAGUCCUCAUCCUGGAGAUCGUUACUGGACGGAAGAACACCGACAUGUUGGAAUCAGCAGCCGGAGAAUCCAUCAUUCUGCUGGGCUACCACCGACUCCGCCUCAUCACCGUCGUGCGCGCCCACCGUCCGCCGGCCUGCAGCACCAACUCCUGCCACCAUCUUCGUCUUCAUCGACAUCUUCUUCCAAUGCGAGCAGCAAGGGAAGGGAAGGAACUCCGUCCCGGUCCCGGCUUCCGUCUUCUCUCCCGAGUCGAGUCCUCACCUGAUCUGGAGGAAAUGCUGGAUCUUGAGUCUUUACUGGAGUACAUUGAAAUUGUUAGGAAGAUGUUUGCUAAUGAAGAAGAAGGAUUUCAGUUCUAUAACAACUAUGGUUUUGAGAAAGGAUUUAGUGUGAGGAGAAGCUAUUAUGAGUGGGACAAUGGCCACAAUGAGAUGAUUCUUCGGAAGUUCGUUUGCAGUCGUCAAGGUUUCCGUGAAGAGAAGCAACUGAAGAGGGCGAUUAAGAAGCGGAAGCCGUGGAAUAUUACUCGUGUUGGAUGCCUUGCUAAAUUUGUGAUUGCACGAGAUCAGAUCACAGGGCAGUGGUAUGUGAAGGAUUUCAUCGAUGAACACAACCAUCCAAUGGCGCCAGCAGAGCUUACUUGUCUGCUACGUUCACAUAGAAGAAUCAGCGAUGAGCAGAAAGCUAAGAUUGUGGAGAUGGAGAGUUUUGGGAUCCGCAAACAUAAGAUAAUGGAUAUUUUGGAAACGCAGUAUGGUGGGUAUGAUAAGGUUGGGUGUACAACAAGGGACUUGUAUAAUUUCUGCCAUCGCUAUAAGACGGAGACAAUUGCUGUCGGUGACGCUCAAAUAGUCAUCAGUUACCUGACGGAACUUCAGCGCAGAGAUCCUGAUUUCUUUUUCAAGUACAUGGUUGAUGGGGAAGGACACCUGAAGGGACUAUUCUGGUGUGAUAGUCAAUGUCUGCUUGAUUAUGAAGCAUUUGGUGAUGUCGUUGUAUUUGAUAGCACCUACAAAACUAAUCGGUACAACCUAUCCCUUGUUCCUUUUGUUGGGGUGAAUCACCAUCUAAGCACAGUUAGUUUUGGAUGUGGAAUUAUUUCUCAUGAGAAUAUUGAGUCAUAUGUGUGGUUGCUGAGUACAUUUUCUGAGGCCAUGAUUCAGAAGCAUCCGGUCUCUAUGAUCAUUGAUGGAGACCUUGCUAUGCAGAGAGCAAUCAGGUUGGUGUGGCCGAAUUCAUCGCAUAGGCUCUGCAUAUGGCAUAUUGAGCAGAACAUUGUGCGUAAUCUUAAGGAUGAUGUUGUUAAGGAUGAAUUCAGGAGUUUCCUUUAUGAUUGUUGGUCCAUAGAAGAGACCGAGAGAAAAUGGCAGGAAUUUUUGGAUAAGCAUAAGGUUACAAAUAAGAAGUCAUGGUUGUAUCAGAUGUAUGAUAUGAGGGAAAUUUGGUGUGCUUCGUAUCAUGCUGGUAAGUGUUACUUAGGACUGAGGAGUAACCAACGGAGUGAGAGCCUAAACUCUAGGCUUCAUAUGCGUCUAGAUCGUAAAAUGACACUGCUUGACAUGGUAAAGCACGUGGAGCACUGCCUUUCAGGGCUGCACACAAAUGAGGCAAAGUUGGACACUGAUGCAUUACAAUCUAAGGCAUGCACAAAACUAGAUGCUUCAAUUAUUGAGAUAGAAGCCGUGAAAUCGUUCACUCCAACAGUUUUCACCACGGUGCAGUUCAGCAUAAAGGUAGCCAAGAAGUGUUUUUCGAUUGACAUUCUAGAUAGCGAUAAUAUGAGUGAGUAUAUUGUUGGCAGGAAGGAUAAAGGAGACAUGAUGUACUAUGUCAAAUGUCAAUUUUGUGAUGAGGGCAAUCUGAAGAGAAUUUCUUGUUCUUGUGGUAAGUUACAAUCGAUUGAAACCCCCUGCUCACACAUCUUCUUUGUAUUGGGCGAUCUGGAUGAAGACAAGCUUCCAGACUGUUGUGUUUUAAAAAGGUGGACAAUGGGGGCGAAGAGUGCAUUUCCUCCGAAAAUGAAGAGCACCAUAUAUGACUAUUCCGAAAGCCUACAGAGGUACCGUGAGCUACGCAAUAUCAGUCACGUUGUAGCCUUCGCAGCAUCUCGUUCACUUGAAUCAUAUGAGCGGCUGAAACACGUUCUGCAGGAUGAAGCUGCUAUGAACCUAUCAAAUGGAGGAGAUAACAAAGGCAAGAGGUAUGGUCCGGUGCUGCCACAAGCCCCGGAUGUUGAUUCUGUAGCGUUUAGUAAUGUGCUGGAUCCCUUGCAUGUGCCUGGAAGAGGGGUCCCAAAGAAAAAUUUGAAGUCAAUUUCAAAUACGAAGAAAUCUAAGAGGGUUCCGCCGUUCAUCUCCUGGCUGCGCUACCUGUCCUUCAACUACCACACCUACAGGCUCCUGCUGAAGGUGCAGUACGAUCCCGUGCCGGACAUCCUGACCACCACGAAACACAUGGACAACGGUGCCACUGAGGUGGCAGCUCUCGUCGCGAUGAUCAUCGGGUACUGGGUGCUGGCCUACCUGUCCCUGAGAAGGGUGAAGGCCGGAAGCAGCUAG